GUUUAGAUCCCUACCAUGGGGCCAAGUCCCGCCUUCUGUGGUGCUGCCUUUAAAAGGAGUCGCGGGGGCCAAAGGAGCUCAGAUUCAUCUCGGCCGAGGCAGUUGGCAGACAGUGCAGUGUUUUCAGUGAGCUCACAAGGGUUAAUUGCAAAAGAGGCAAAAUGAAGUUGCUCGUGGUGUGCCUGUUUGCGGUUUUAGGCGCUGCCGUCGCGAAGCCCGUCGAGGGUGACCAGGUCAAGGUCAAAGAGCCCGUGCCGCUGAUCGUGAGCGACUACUCGAGCGUGGUCAAGGACGACGCGUCGGCCGCGGCGGCCCCCGAGAAGAAUCUGGCCGCCGCCGUGCAGGUGGUGCCCGAGGAGGUCCGCGCCGAGGAAGAGGUCAAGGCCGCCGAGUCGACCGAGGUGCCCGCCGCGGCCACCGACGCCCCCGCCGCCGACGACAAGGAGUUCGCCGAGGAGGUCGAGUCCGAGGAGAAGCUGCUCAAGAGCGUGCCCGCCGAAGAGGCCGUGGCCGCCCCCGAGGAGGCCGUCGUGGCCGCCGAGUCGGCCGUCGACGAGGUGCGCAAGGAGGAGGCGGAGGAGGUCGCCGUGACCACCGAGUUCGCCGCCGCGAGGACGGCCGAGGAGGAGCAAGACGGCGAGGUCACCACCGAGCCCUCCGCCGAGGACGCCGCCAGCCGCAAGGUCCGCGACGCCCCCGACCAGGAAAAGACUGAAGAGGCGACCGAGGCCGAGGAAUCGACCACCCCCAGCAGCUCCUCGUAGACACACACGUGCAACCCUCGAUCACACGCGCCAACCCAAAGCCGUCUGACAAAUAGAUUUUCGCCCCCUUAAUUUAUUUCCGCAACACUUUCAAGCUAGGAAAUCUAUUUCUUGUCAUUCCCGGGCUUUAUUUUUACUGUUUUCCAUCCAAUCCUU